CUCCUAGACCUCAUUUAAGGGCUGACUGCAACUGGGGAAGGUUUUCUGGUUUAAGAUUCUUCCUUUGUAGAGUUUUCUCUGCGUGGUUCAAUCUUUAGAGCUAGGUAAAUAUUACAAAUUAGUCCACAACUGUGAAAGAAAGCUGAGUAGGAUAUUCUGCACAAGGUGGACUGACAAUAAGUACUGAACUAAGAAGACUUCAGGGGAGAGAAGAAAGACAAGAUGUAUACUCAACAGCUAACGGAAAAAUGACUUCUGAUGACUAUUGGCCAGGCUACUUGUUUCCUGAAUGCCUUCUGUGGAAAUCUCAGCUGUGCAGUAAAGGAACCUAUGGCACUCUGUGGGAUCCUGAGAGAGCAGCAUGUUAUCUUCUUGUACUGAAAGACCAUGCUGAACAUGCUUGGUAGUGAUUUUACCAAACUAAACUAUAUGAGACUAGCUUACAUCACAGGUGUUCUCUUCAGAUGGAGUAAUUUAUCUGUUACAUUACAUUUACAUUGUAAAUAUGUUGCAUUAAUGCUGAGAUCAUGAAGAUUUAGAGAAACUUGAUGUUUAGCCAUGUUUGCAGAGUACAGCUUGAGAUAGGUAAGCCAGCUGAAUGGUCAUAGUCCGUGAGUGGCGGGGAGUGAAGACUCCUGUAUAUGCACUAGUUAUGCCUGGUUGACUGUUUGCAGGUUUCCUGGUAGGUAACUUGAUAACAAAGGAACAAUAGGAAAAAAAGAGAAAUCUCAGAUCAUCCUCAAGGUUCUGGCUAUAACUAAAGACUUUCAUGGCAAAUAUUCUGGAAGGUGUCACAUUUCAUUUCUUUACAGAGUUUUCCAGGAAACAAAGACUCCAGUCAUAUUUUGGUAAGCAAGAGGAGACCAUUAUGAUUAUUUGGGCAUCUGAGAGAAUUGUGGCAGGAAAUACUUGAGCUGACACCUUUACUUCUCUGUGUGGGUGGACACAGAAGAGUCAUGCAAUAUUACCUUCUGCCUUCUCUCAAAGAUACCCUUCCUUGGAUUGAUGAUCAGGCUGGUGAUGGGAGUCUGCUGCUUCCCUGAGGCAGCAAGGAGAUGUCUGUGCAGAUGUAUGUCCCAGAAAUGCCACACUUCCAGGAGAAGAUGUCAGCUUCCUGAAGUCCCACCCACUUGGGAUGAGAUAGAGGAGGGCACGUGCCCCGUGGCAAUGUCAUCCAUUAUCGCGAUCCAUGCUGCAAAGAAAUGAGCACACUGGGACAGGAUGCAGCAGGAAUUGUGCAUCAUGGAGAAGUUCUCCUUCCAGUCAGUUUUUCUACAUGAAGCAAUGGAGACUGAGGAGGCAAAGGACCAGCUGGCAGAUGGGCACCAAACUCCAGGUCUCCAGUUUGGAAACAAUAACAACUACAUGAACAUGGCAGAGGCAAAUAAUGCAUUUCUUGCUGCAAAUGAGACAUUCCACACGCCGAGCCUGGGGGAUGAGGAGUUUGAAAUCCCACCUAUCACACCCCCGCCCGAGUCAGACCCUGCACUGGGGAUGGCAGACAUCCUGCUGCCCUUUCAGGGCCUUGGCGACCAGCUGCCAGCGCAAGGAAAUGAAUUUACACCCCAGUUUCCCCCUCAGAGCUUGGAUCUCCCCUCCAUUACUAUAUCCAGAAAUCUCAUGGAGCAAGAUGGUGUCAUCCACAGCAAUGGAUUGCACAUGGAUCAGAGUCACACCCAAGUUUCGCAGUAUCGCCAAGACCACUCUUUGAUUAUGAGAUCCAUUGUCCACAUGACAGAUGCUGCUCACUCAGGAAUCAUGACUCCCUCUCAGCUCACCACCAUUAACCAGUCCCAGCUAAGUGCACAGCUGGGGCUAAAUCUGGGAGGCACCAACUUGCCACACACUUCUCCCUCCCCUCCUGCCAGUAAAUCAGCCACUCCUUCCCCCUCCAGCUCGAUAAAUGAAGAAGAUGCAGAUGAAUCAAAUAGAGCUACUGGAGAAAAAAGAGCUGCCCCAGAUUCUGGCAAGAAGCCGAAAACUCCAAAGAAGAAGAAAAAGAAAGAUCCCAACGAGCCACAAAAGCCAGUGUCAGCUUAUGCCCUCUUCUUCAGGGAUACGCAAGCUGCAAUUAAAGGGCAGAACCCGAAUGCUACGUUUGGAGAGGUUUCAAAAAUAGUGGCGUCUAUGUGGGACAGCUUAGGAGAAGAACAAAAACAGGUAUAUAAAAGAAAAACAGAAGCUGCCAAAAAAGAAUACCUAAAGGCACUUGCAGCCUAUAGAGCAAGCCUUGUUUCCAAGGCUGCUGCAGAGUCUGCUGAGGCCCAGACAAUUCGUUCUGUGCAGCAAACAUUGGCAUCCACAAAUUUGUCUUCCUCCCUUAUUCUGAAUACUUCUCUCUCUCAACACGCCACAGUAUCGGCAUCUCCUCAAACUCUUCAACAGUCCCUUCCCAGAGCGAUUGCUCCCAAACCUCUGACCAUGAGACUGCCAAUGAAUCAGAUUGUAGCUUCUGUUACCAUUGCAUCAAACAUGCCGACAAACAUUGCAGCUCCAUUGAUAAGCUCUAUGGGAACAAACAUGGUGGCAACACCGUCUUCAUCUCAAGUAAGUCCCUCCAUGCAAAGCCAGCAGCACCAGAUACAGCAGCUCCAGCAGCAACAGAUGCAGCAGAUGCAACAACAACAGCUACAUCAGCAUCAAAUGCAUCAGCAGAUACAACAACAAAUGCAACAACAGCAUUUUCAGCACCACAUGCAACAACAUUUGCAGCAGCAGCAGCAGCAUCUUCAGCAGCAAAUUAAUCAACAGCAAAUGCAACAGCAGCUUCAGCACAUACAGCUUCAGCAGAUGCAGCAGCAGCAGAUGCAGCAUAUGCAACACCAGUCACAGCCUUCUCCUCAGCAGCACUCGCCAGUAGCCUCUCAGAUCACUUCUCCCAUCCCCGCCAUUGGGAGCCCUCAGCCAGCACCUCAGCAGCACCAGUCACAAAUACAAUCUCAGACACAGACUCAAGUAUUAUCACAGGUCAGUAUUUUCUGAAGAUAAAUGAUCUCACAGCAUCGCUUUGUGUUGAUGGAGGGGGUAGGGGUAAACCAUAUUUGGCUGAAAACUGUAAAUUGUUGAUGGUAGUUAUGCAGGAAUGCAUAACAGAUCAAAUGAUCCUCUAAAGUGUCUAUUAGAUAGGCAAUAAAGAACUACAAUGUAGCUGUGUAUCAUCUUUUAGCUGACUAUAAAUCAUUUUGUUUAAAAAAAAAAAAAAAGCUGUGCUCUCUUUCAUGUGAUGCCUUUUUAAUUUAUUUAAGCUUUACCUACAAUAUGUGAAUCAAAUGGCCUAAUAAAUACCUGGACCUUAUGACUGCAACAUGGCCUUUCAGAGUUACAGAUUUCUCUAAAAGUGAAUAAUGCACUUCAAGGCAGUAUGAACUCAUGAAGCCCUUAAAGCACAGUUGUAACUACCUGUAAAAUGAUGAUUGGAUUUCAUACAGUCAUACUUGUAUGACAUGAGUUUGUUGAUGGCAUUUUUUGUCAUGAAAAAAAAUAGAGUAAGUCACAGAUUUUUGCCAAAGCUCUUAAAUUUCUGUCCUAAAUAUCUUCAGAAAAGCAAAUGCGAGUAACUGAACUUCAAUGUUUGAUCCAUCCUUUCACUCCAUUUCUCCCAAUAAACCUACCAUAGUUUGUAACAAAAUAUAUAUUGACAGUUACCCUCUUACGUUAAUUCCAGUUACAGAACAAAUGUGAAUAUUAUAUUCUGUGUGGAAGUGAUGAGUUUCAGAUUUAAUACACUGUAUUUUUAAAAGGGAAAUGCACUUAACUAAGGCUAUUAUUACAAAAAGCUAAGAUGAAAAAUGCAAGAGUUUUUAAUACGCUGUAAAACCAGUAGAAUAUUUAAAAGAAACUCCACGACCGAAUAAUCAAUGUAAAUAUUUUCUUUAAAAGUUGUAAGUUUUCAUAUCAUGUGUUGUAAAGUUUUCAUAAAUGAGGCUUUAAUGUAAACACUGGUAACAUGAAUUAUUAAUUGCUACAUUGCUUAUUGUGUUUUUAUGCUGUUUUAUACUUUUUUAUGAGUUACGAUAGCAGCAAUUAAGUUGUUUGUAUUUUGCUUAUCUAAAAUAAAUGCUUUUAUCUUGCUAUAGAAUAAACACAUUUCAGUAAAA